AUGUCGCUGGACCUGGGAGAGCACGGCCGCGUGCGCGAGCGGCGGGGCAAGCUCUUUCGCUACCCCUCCGCCAGACCUCCAGUGCAGACAGAGGUCGCAGAGGGCAAGGUGCGCUUCACUGCACCCAACGGUGAAAACUAUGAGGUGGACUUGGUGAACAUGCGGCAAAGAAACCUCCGCACCGGCAACCUACGAUCUGUAAGCUGCAGCGGUGGCAGCAGUUCGAGCACUGCCUGGUUCUUUGACAAGAACGCCAAGGCUGUUGAGAAGAACAGCACGGCCAGGCACCGAUGGUUGCCCUACUCCAGGCCGCUGCAACGGCUGCUGGAGGAAGCGGCGCGGCGGCAGCUUCAGCUUCCGGAGGCGCCAGAGGCAGAGGCUGAUGCAGAAGAUGAAGUGGAGAAAGUGGUGGAAGUGGUGGAAGUGGUGGAAGCAGAUGUUGUGCCGCUUCUUUCCGCACCGGAGCAGCUGAGCUUUGCUGAGGUGAGACAGGCAGCUUUCGCAGGAGCCUGCAGCCGGGUGCAGCAGCUGUUGUGCCGCGGCAUCCAAGCCCUUGGAGAGGAGAUCUUCGAUCGACGCUAUCCCGGCUUCGUGCUGGGCAGAGAACACAAGUGUUGCAUCAAGAUGCUUCUGGCGCGAGGGGCUAAGUUGGGUCGCUUUGCACCCAACAGCAAGUUGCUACGGAAAGUGGAUUCAGAUUGCUUAGACCUUUGGGCCACCUGUUUCCUGCGAUCGGCGUCACUGGCUGGAUAUGAUCUCCCGGAGACUGUACAGCAAAUCGUCUCCGGCUUUCGCUGA